CUCCCCCAACACCCGACCCAUAAACCAAAGAAACAACCCAAGCAAAACAAUGGCCGCCACGUCAUCACACUGUUACUCCUCCGUCGCUCAAUUCACCGGCGCAAAGCUCUCUUCUGACUGUAAUCGUACUCCGCCGUCUCGUAUCAGCUUCCGUCAACUCCGCAUCUCCGCUAAUUGCGCUACCACCGCGGAGAGAGCAUCAUCGGCUCAUGUUUUAACAACGCCGGGAUCACUUUAUGAAGUGCUAGGGAUUCAAAUGGGGGCCACGUGUCAAGAAAUUAAGUCUGCAUACAGGAGAUUGGCUAGGGUUUUGCAUCCUGACGUAGCAGCAGAUCAAAAGGAGAACAAUGUGAGCGAGUUUAUAAAAGUAAAUGAAGCUUAUGAAACUUUGUCCGAUCCUGAGAAAAGAGCCGAUUAUGACCGGAGCCUUUUCUGGCGAGGGAGGCAGCUGAGUUCGUCUUUUAUUACGUCUGCAAUGGCGGGUUCGUCAGGAUUCUCACGGCGGAGAUGGGAAACUGAUCAGUGCUGGUAGAAAUACGUAAAUUAGUAAUUAAUUGACAUCAUCAUAUGUUUCAACUAGAAUCGGUAAAGGGAAAAUUAUACAACAAAUAAUAGAAGCAUUCGGUAUUAGUUACCUCCAAAUAUGUUAAAUUGGGGGUUUAUUACUGUAUUCAUGUACAUAAUUGAAAGCAGGCGACAUUUUUACUGCCUGUUUGAAUUAAUAAAGUUCUUAUUCUAAAUUCCCAUUUAA